ACGCACGGGCGUUGCGUCCGGUCGACGAUGGUAGCCGCCACCAGCGCCGUCGCGCGCGCUGUCGUUAGCAACGGGAGCUGAUCGUUCGCCGACCAUCUGCGACCCGCGCGACCGACUCGCGACCGCCGCCAUAUGCCUCCUCGGCUGCGCUGACCACCGCAACUGCAUGGGCGGCGAUCGCGAAGCGCUGACUACAGGAGCCCGGAGUACAAGAACCGCGGUCAUCGCGUGUCCGCCCCCCCUUUUCCUGCCCCAUCGCCCGGCGUCCUUGGCCUUCCUCCCGCAGCCCCGGUUCCACACCACCCACGCCCGGUGCUGAACGACUUUCCGGCCUCUGUCAGCUUCGCAUUCCAGUCUCUGAGAACCUCGGCACAUCCACUCUGCAUAUAUCCCGGAACCGCACGCAUACCCCCCGCAUCCACGCACAUACCCCCAUUCCCUCUGUAGCAUGAUGAUUUACCGCCAACCCCUCACGCUCCUUGUUUCUGCCCUCGCCUUCGCCGGCGCAGCCGUCCGCGGCGUCGUGAUCGACACGGAGGGCCUCCCGGACACCGGUUUGAACACCUCCACCUGGACGGAGGGCACGCUUCCGCCCUUGAGCGACAUCUGGACGCUGAACGACAUCCAGAUCGCGGCGAAGAACGUGCUCGAGCCGAGGUACUACGCCAGCUACCGCACCGCCGCCCUCGACGAAAUCACGUACCAGGCGAACCUGAACAUCUGGAAGCAGGUCCGGCUCAACGGGUUCAGCUUCCGCGACGUCAGCGACCUGAAGCUCUCGACGACCAUCCUCGGUCACAACUUCUCCCUGCCCUUCUUCAUCGCGCCCGCGGCCAAGGCGGGCCACGCCAGCAAGUCCGCGGAGCUUUCCCUCGUCACCGCAGCCGGCAAAGCCGGCAUCCUCUACGUCCCUAGCAUCUCGUCCACCAAGUCUAUCGAGCAGAUCGCCGCAGCCGGUCUCGACAACCAGACGAUGUUCCACCAGGAAUACGUGUGGUGCGCACUCACGCCCCCUCCCCCCAUCCUUGUUUUUCAGAAGCGGCUGACGUCGGAGAGAUAUAGGUCGAACAAGACGCAGCUGAAGGACGAGCUGAAGCGCAUGGAGAAGGCCGGCUUCAAGGCCGUCUUCCUCACCGUGGACAACACGGGCGUGAACGGCAUCCGCGACCGCAGCCUGCGCUACACCGGCACGGAGAGCGACACCGGACACAGCGCCACUUUCGACCUCGAGUCCCUCGCCGCCCUGCGCAACCUCACCUCGCUCCCCCUCGUCCCCAAGGGCGUCAAGACCGCGGCCGACGCCAAGAAAUGCCUCGACCUCGGCUUCCCCGCCGUCUACAUCUCGAACCACGGCGGCCGCGUCCUCGACGGCGCGCCGACCGCGGUCGAGAUCCUGCUCGACAUCCGCAAAAACUAUCCCGAGGUGUUCGAGCGCAUGGAGGUGUACGCGGACGGCGGCGUGCGCCGGGGCACGGACGUGAUGAUCCUCCUCGCGCUCGGCGCGCGGGCCGUCGGACUCGGCCGGUCGCCGAUGUUCGCGAACAUCUGGGGCGAGGAGGGCGUGACGCACAUGAUCGACCUGCUCAAGACCGAGCUCAGCACGAGCAUGCAGCUCAUGGGCGCCAGCGACGUGACCGCGCUCAACAGUUCCUACGUGAACACCAAAUGGGUCGAGCAGCAGUACUUUGGCUCGUCGUGAACCUCGCGCCCGGCACCUUCGUUAUAGAACACACACACACACCACUUAGACUAUGGGCACCGUGUAGUGAUAGCCCGGUAGUAAUAUAUACGCUUUUCGUCUCGGGGGGGAAAAAGCACAAACACGGGGGGGCGUACGCGCGCGUAUCAGCGCUCCGCAAUCACCCAGCUAUCGGCGUGACCCGUCGAAGACCGCUAGCGCUCCUCGCUCGUCGUCUCCUUCUUCUCCUUCUUCCUCGGCUCGACGACCUCCUCGUCCUCCCCGUCCUCGUCCUCGUCCUCCUCGUCCUCGUCCUCCCCCUUCUUCUUCUUCUUCUGCCAGCGCAGGCCCACCUGCGCGCCGACGACGGUGCACUUCCACGGCGGCGUCUCCGCCCCGAAUUUGCGCGCGACGAACCCGUUCUCGCUCCCGGCCACGAACGCGUUCGCCGCGACGGUCACGCCGGCGUUCGGGACGAUGACGUUGGCGGGCGUCACGAGGAAGGAGAAGGGCGCGCCGCCGGUCGGGGAGCGGAAGGCCGUACCUGUACCUGUGACGGUUCGCGGUCGGGCGUAGAUCCUGACGGAGGAUUUGGGCGCGGGGGCGAUCGCGUCCGCGUCGAGCGCGAGCAUGCCGCGCGAGGGGUCGCCGGAGACGAUGCGAUAUAGGCGGGGAUAAGGCUCUUCGUCGUUCGUGUCUUUGAGCGUGCCGAGGAAGAGGUCGUCGGCGGGCGAGAGGCCGGAGUGGUGCAGGGCGCGUUGGAGCACGCGGGCGGCGGGGAAGUUUUCGAUGCGUUGCACGAUGUUCCCUUGCGAGGUCGUGACGGUCAACAUGGGGCUGAUCGGUUUGAGGGACUCGAAGUCGAAAGCGGCGCGAAAGCGGGCGUGGCGGCCCAUGAACGCGAUGCCGACGGCGCCCGACGAGUGGGCUUCGCCGUUGUGGAAGAGGGUGUACGGUCGGCCGUUCAGGAAAGGCGUGGAGGACGCGAUGAGGCCUAGCGUUCUCGCCUUGGGAAGUCGCCGGAACGAGUUUUGGAGCCCUUCCGGCGCGCCGUCGGAGAGGUACAGCACCGAGCUCACGAACCUGGGUCUAGGGCUGAAUCUCUCCAGUUCAGGCGGGAGGGGCGGGAGCUCCUGCGUUGACUCGCCCCACGAGGGCAUCGGCAGGACCUCGUCCACCUCCUUGCCUCUGUCCCGAAACGCGUGCCAGCGCCCGACCUGGGUCGCCGCGCGCCCGGGCACGGUCGAGCGGAACGGCAGGCAGCGACCCGGGUCGAACGCGGCGACGGCGCAGCUGACGUGCUCCGCGUCGGGGGGAGCGGAGAUGCAGCCGACGUUGCGCGGGAAGAGGCUCGUGAGCGCGGCGACGACGGCGGCGAGGUCGACGGAGGUCUGCGCGGGCACGCCGAGCGCGAAGAGCAUGGGCUGCCCCGGGGAGUAGGCGGGCAGGUUGCGGAGCUGGACGAGCUGGCGGAGGACGUCGGGGGUCGAGCGCGCGAAGGCGGUCCGGGCGUACAGGAGCAUGUUACCGCGCCCGGUCUGCACGGUCGAGAAGAAAACGGAUUUUUU